AUGAGUGACAACGCGGGUGCCAAGCCGGGCCCUGAGCCUGGCGACCGAGUCGCCAUCGGUAUCACCUUUGGCAACUCCAACGGUUCUAUUGCCUUUACUGUUGACGACAAGGCUGAGGUUAUUGCCAACGAGGACGGCGACCGACAGAUUCCUACCGUCCUCUCCUACGUUGAUGGUGACGAGUACUAUGGUGGCCAGGCCAAGAACUUCCUCGUCCGCAACCCCGACAACACCAUCGCCAACUUCCGAGACUUCCUUGGUCAAGAGUUCAAGGCCAUCGACCCUACCCACUCUCACGCUUCCGCCCACCCCCAGGAUGCUGACGGCUCUGUCGUUUUCACUGUCAAAGACAAGGACAGUGAGGAGGCUUCCACUGUCUCCAUCUCCGAGGCCGCUACCCGAUACCUGCGACGUCUCGUCGGUUCUGCCUCCGACUACCUGGGCAAGAAGGUCACCUCUGCCGUCAUCACCGUUCCCACCAACUUCUCUGAGAAGCAGCGAGAGGCCCUGAUCCAGGCCGCCAACAAUGCCGGCAUUGAGGUUCUCCAGCUCAUCUCCGACCCCGUUGCCGCCGUCCUGGCCUACGACGCUCGCCCCGAGGCUACCGUCGAGGACAAGAUCAUUGUCGUUGCCGACCUUGGUGGAACCCGCUCUGAUGUUGCCGUUGUCGCCUCGCGCGGUGGCAUGUACACCAUCCUGGCCACUGCCCACGACUACGAAUACGCCGGUGUCCACCUGGACCAGGCUCUCAUGGACCACUUCGCCAAGGAGUUCCAGAAGAAGCACAGCAUCGACCCCCGAGAGAACGCCCGCAGUCUCGCCAAGCUCCGACUCGAGUCUGAGGCUACCAAGCGAGCCCUGAGCAUCGGUAGCAACGCUCAGUUCAGCGUGGAGAGUCUGGCGGACGGUUUCGAUUUCUCUGUCACCAUCAACAGGAUACGAUACGAGAUGGUUGGCCGCAAGGUGUUUGAGGGUUUCAACCGCCUCAUCGAGGGUGUUGUCAAGAAGGCCGGCCUCGACGUCCUCGAUAUCGACGAGGUUAUCCUGUCUGGUGGUACUUCUCACACUCCCCGUAUCGCCAACAACCUCCGCGGUAUCUUCCCCGAGACCACCAACAUCUUGGCCCCCGCUACCUCCGCCACCGCUAUCAACCCCUCCGAGCUCCUGGCUCGUGGUGCUGCUCUCCAGGCCUCUCUCAUCCAGGAGUACGAGGCUGCCGACAUUGAGCAGUCUACUCACCCCGCCGUCACCACUGUCAAGCACAUCUCCAACGCCAUUGGUGUCAUCACCGUUGGUGCCGAUGGUGAGGACGUCUUCACCCCUAUCAUGCCCGCCGAGACCGCUGCCCCUGCUCGACGUGUCGUCCGCAUUCCCGCUCCCAAGGAGGGUGGUGAUGUGAUCAUCAAGGUUGUCGAGGGUGGCACCCACAUCAAGGUGACCAAGUCCGAACCCAAGGCCAAGGCCGAGGACGCCGAGAAGGACUCUGAUGACGACUCCGACUUUGACUCGGAUGAGGAGGAGGAGGAGAAGCGCGAGAAGGUGUGGAAGAUCGGCAACCUCCUCGCUGAGGCCGCCCUCAAGGGCGUCAAGGCCGACGGCAAGGUCGAGGUCACGAUUAACGUCCUGGCCGACCUCGACGUCACCGUGACCAUCCGGGAGGUUGGCGGCAAGGGCGGUGUGCGAGGAAACAUCCAGGGCCUGUAA